AUGAAGAAAGAAAAGAAGCAGAAGAAAGAGUGGAUGAAGCGAAUGUUUGGUGAGGGCAGUAUAUUCAGGUCACAGCAUGGAGCUGAGCGCAGGGGCUCUGAGCGAAAAAGGUCCAACAGGCCUUUGAUGGUGACUGACGGAGACGAAAAGCAGCACGGGCCUCCGGAGCAGAAGACACCAGAACCAUUGAGCGGGCCUGUUUCUACAAACGGAGGACCACGGCUCAUCUCCGUAAGACCCCUGAGCUCGAGCCCAGGCCCUGUAGAGGAGCUCAAAGUGACCAGUCCCCAGCCAGCUGACCCCACUACACCCACCAGCACAGUGGGUGGUUCAGGGGAUGAGAGCAGCAUUGGACCUGAGGAAGCCAGCCCAGAGCAAGAUUGUACCACAGAGAAUAAGGUGGAUGAGACCAGCUCUGACAGCAGGAAAACGUCUGGCAUCACUGUGGACGACUUAUCGGUCUUUGCGUUGCGGCCAGCUCCACAGGGUAUUACAGUCCGGUGUCACAUCAAGCGGGACAUGAAGACCACAGACAACAACCUCCACCCCAUAUUUCACAUGUACCUGGAGGAAGAGGAUGGCAAGAAGAAAUUCCUGUUGUCCGCUAGGAACACAAGUACCACCAUGACAGCUAACUAUGUGAUCUCAGUGGAUCCCUCUGGCUGGUAUCAUGAGGGUGAGAACGUCGUAGGGAAAUUAAGGUCAAACAUGCUGGGGACUAAAUUCACAUUAUGUGGAAAAAGCAGGACCAACAGCAAGAACAGUAGAGCUCUGCUGAAGGGAAGAAACCCACAGCAGGAGCUCACAACAAUCCGCUAUGAGGCCGAUCUAAUGGGAGGUGAAGGACCACGCAAGAUGUCUGUCAUCAUCCCUGGCAUGAACGUGAACUCUGAGCGCUCUCCAGUUCACUCUAUUAAGGAUCAGAGAUCUUUAUUAAAGAGGUGGCAGAAGCCUAAACUGGAGAAUGUCAUCCAGCUGCGUAAUAAAGAUGCAGUGUGGAAUGAUGUCACUAUGGGCUACGAGCUGAACUUCUACGGACUGACACCACGGGCCUCCAGGAGAAACUUUCAGCUCAUUCAUGCCGACAAACCUGACAACAUUCUGAUGGUGUUUGCCCGCAUGGCUGAUAAUGAGUUCACGCUGCACUACUGUUAUCCCUUGUGCGCCCUUCAAGCCUUCAGCAUCGGCCUGUCCAGCAUCCACAGCAAACUGGCCUGCAUUUGACAUCUACAUCUGCUUAUGUGCAUUCUGUCCUUAUUCUUUCUUUUUCUUCAGCUUACUCCCUCCUUUAUUCAGAGCAGCAUGGCUCCAAAUACAUCCUGUCUAGCCUGUAAUAAAAGCAUUAAA